AUGGUAUUGGACGCCUUAAUCAAGAUCAAGAACGAGAUUGAUCCAACUCUGACCUUUCGCCGCUCCUGCCGUGAGGGUAUAUGCGGUUCCUGCGCGAUGAACAUUGAUGGAGGGAAUGGAUUGGCGUGUCUGACGAAAAUCUCGUCGGGAUCAUCCUCCAUGAUCAAUCCCUUGCCGCAUAUGUUUGUUAUUAAGGAUCUUGUGGUUGAUAUGACCAAUUUUUACAACCAGUAUAAGUCGAUUGAGCCGUGGCUGAAGAGGAAGAACCCGCCGCAGACUCCAGGGAAGGAGAUUUUGCAGAGUAAGGAGGACAGGAAGAAGCUUGAUGGUAUGUAUGAGUGCAUUUUGUGUGCCUGCUGUAGCACGUCAUGUCCGAGCUACUGGUGGAACCCCGAGUCCUACCUCGGCCCGGCUGCCCUCCUUCACGCCAACCGAUGGAUAAUGGACAGUCGUGACGAAUAUACGGAGGAGCGCCUUGAAGCAAUAAACGAUGAGUUCAAGCUAUAUCGCUGCCACACAAUUCUGAAUUGUGCUAAAGCUUGCCCAAAGGGACUAAAUCCUGGGAAGCAAAUCCAGAACAUCAAGAAACUCGAGAUGACUACUCCUUGA